AUGAAGUAUUAUCUUCCUAUUUCCUCUUUCGACAUUGAAAGAUUAUUCUUUUAUGAUCAAAUUACAGGGAAGCUGUUCUAUGUGAACGGGAAGAGCGGUGAGAGGAGAACAGAGGUUCCUCGGAUUGCAGCCUCCGGUCUUAAGGCGAGCUAUAAUUCGUCAGAAGAGUACAACUCCGAUGAUGCCGGAGGCUGCGAAGAUGAAGAAGACAAUGAUAGUGACAUUGAAGACUGCAGCUCGCUUGCCGGCGAUGGAACUGACUAUGAGGAUUUUUUCGGUGUUAGCAGCAGAAACUCUCACAAUUCAUCCUCCGAUGACUCCAUUGCCGGCGACGGUAAGGGUGGCGCGGGGAGUCUAAUCCUCGUCGUCGCCGGCUGCAAGUCUUGCUUCAUGUACUUCAUUGUUCCGAAACGUGUCGAUGAGUGUCCUAAGUGCGGCGGCUGUCUCCUCUUAUUGGUUGAAUAG